UAGCUUCUCCCCCAAUUCCUUCAAGAUUCAUCCAUCCUACUUCAGAUCGAGAUCUGACCCUUCUUCUCUCCUCACCUCUCAUGUUUAUAUUACUCUCUCUAGGUCUUCACUGAAUUUGUGUAAACCCUAAAAUGGCGAGGGGAGGAGCCUGCCACGUCCUCGUUUUCCUAUUUCUCUGCGCUGCGUUCCCCGCCGUCUGGUCCGAUGGCUCCGAUCACAAAUACAAAGUCGGAGAUCCGGUGCCGCUCUAUGCCAACAAAGUCGGACCAUUUCACAAUCCCAGUGAAACGUAUCGUUACUUUGAUCUCCCGUUCUGCUCUACCGGUGAGUUGAAAGACAAAAGUGAAGCUCUCGGUGAAGUGUUGAAUGGAGAUCGGUUGGUCAGUGCUCCGUACAAGCUUGACUUUUUGGUUGACAGGGAGGCUGAAGUCAUUUGUAAGAAGAAGCUUUCAAAGAAAGAUGUUGCUGAGUUUCGAAGAGCAGUGGCAAAGGACUACUAUUUUCAGAUGUACUAUGAUGACUUGCCCAUUUGGGGUUUCCUGGGAAAGGUCGACAAGGAAGGCAGUGGCGAUCCUAGCGAGUACAAAUAUUAUCUAUUUAAGCAUCUCCACUUUGAAAUAUUUUAUAACAAGGAUCGCGUGAUUGAGAUCAAUGCACGCACUGACCCCAAUGCUCUUGUGGAUCUUACUGAAGACAAAGAAGUGGAUGUUGAGUUCAUGUACUCAGCCAAAUGGAAGGAAACUCAUGUACCUUUUGAGAAGAGGAUGGAUAAGUACUCGAAAUCGUCUUCACUACCUCGACAUUUGGAGAUCCACUGGUUUUCAAUUAUCAAUUCUUGUGUGACUGUUCUCCUUCUGACUGGAUUUCUUGCUACAAUCUUGAUGCGAGUGCUCAAGAAUGAUUUUGUUAAAUAUGCCCAUGAUGAGGAGGCAGCAGAUGACCAAGAAGAAACUGGGUGGAAAUACAUCCAUGGUGAUGUUUUUAGGUUCCCGAAGUACAAGUCAUUGUUUGCUGCUUGUCUAGGAAGUGGCACACAGCUUUUUACCCUGGCCACCUUUAUAUUCUUACUUGCUCUCGUUGGUGUAUUUUAUCCCUACAACCGAGGAGCUCUUUUCACUGCACUUGUGGUCAUCUAUGCUCUUACAUCUGGCAUUGCAGGCUAUACGGCAGCUUCCUUCUAUUGCCAAUUAGAGGGAACAAACUGGGUACGGAAUUUGUUAUUGACUGGAGCCCUUUUCUGCGGGCCAUUGUUUCUCACGUUUUGCUUCCUCAACACGGUGGCCAUUGCUUACCAUGCUACUGCAGCUCUUCCUUUUGGUACCAUCGUGGUGAUCUUUUUGAUAUGGGCUCUUGUGACAUCACCUUUAUUAGUUUUGGGAGGGAUUGCAGGAAAGAAUAGUAAGGCAGAGUUUCAAGCUCCUGUCCGUACUACAAAAUAUCCCAGAGAAAUUCCACCUCUGCCUUGGUACCGUGCAACCUUGCCUCAGAUGGCCAUGGCUGGUUUUCUGCCAUUCAGUGCCAUCUAUAUCGAACUUUACUACAUAUUUGCUAGUGUCUGGGGCCACAGGAUUUACACCAUUUACAGUAUUCUAUUCAUAGUCUUUAUCAUCCUCCUGAUUGUCACUGCAUUUAUCACCGUGGCCUUGACAUAUUUCCAACUUGCCGCUGAGGAUCAUGAAUGGUGGUGGAGGUCCUUCCUAUGUGGUGGAUCUACCGGCUUGUUUAUUUAUGGCUACUGCCUGUAUUACUAUUAUGCACGGUCGGAUAUGUCGGGCUUCAUGCAGACCUCAUUUUUCUUUGGGUACAUGGCCUGCAUUUGCUAUGCUUUCUUCCUAAUGCUUGGAGCUGUUGGUUUCCGUGCUUCUUUGUUCUUUGUGCGCCACAUUUAUCGUUCAAUUAAGUGUGAAUGAUAUUUCCCUUUAUCUGGAAACCAUCCAAGUUCUGCAGGAGUAUUUUGAGGGGGGAAAUGGUGGUGUAUCGUAUCAUCCUUGACGUUGCGCAACUAUGGCAUGAGUGAGUGUGGCUGCAUCCAGAGAUAGAGUGACCAUUUGGUUACUUGUGGAAACAUUUUAUGAGCGGAAAGUAGUUUGUUGAGUAGGGCUAAUAAACUCAUAUCAAACUCUAGUAUAGGGCUUUUACUAUUUCCUAUAGUACUACUUUUAUUUUACUUUUUGUUGAAAAUUUUGUAUCACAAGACUUGGAAAAUAUGAAAUGUUAACAUUUGUGUUGAUUUGAUCAGUUCA